AUGUCGAGCAAACUUGUGAAGGAAGGACCCCUGGCGGGAAAGCUAGGAGGUGCAAACCACUUUGGUCAUGGAGAUGCCACAUCUCAGACUACGUUUUCGGAGUCUAAGCCCGUAACAGUCGUCUGGAAAGGAAUGCCUUCUGAGGAGACUUUCCUCUUCGGGAGCUGGGAUUCCUGGGAGAAUGGAAGGCCGGUCACUGAGAGAGACAAUAGUGAUGAGCAUGAUGUUGUCCUAGAGCUUGCUCCCGGGCGGUACGAAUUCAAGUAUAAGUCAAACAGUGGAGUCUGGUUUCAUGACCCUGCCAAGCCAACAACUGUGAAUGCCUUCGGCACAUUGAACAACGUGUUAGAUGUGCCUGGCACUUUGAACAACGUGUUAGAUGUGCCUGGAGCCCCGAACGUGUCUUUCACCGAGGCUCAGAGGGUCUAUGCGACUUGUAUCGCGUUCAGGGGAGAAGUCGAGGAGCGUCUGACAAACGACGGGUUUGCACGUUAUGUCCCUGUGUUCUACCAGGCACAGGUUGUUGAUGGCAUGAACUACAAAAUUGUGGUGAAUGUCGGUAAAAACAACGAAGGCGAAGACAUACUGGUGAUCAUGGAAGUGUUCUGGGGCCCUGGUAACGCCACUCCUGAGCUGACAUGUGCCGGCUUUUACAAGGAGGAUUCGGAGCAGAAUACAACGAAAUAA